CUGGUAUAUAUAGUCAGAGUGAGCUUCAUUCUAGGCAGUGGUUACCGCACACAUCCUUCAUGAUGUUCAUUGUCUGGACACCUUUGAUAAUGCGGGAGUGCCUUGGAUCAUAUGGAUCUGUCAGGGUCAUGUGUAAAGGGUUGUGUUGAGUGCCAGUGGUGCCUCAGGCAGACUGUCACUGUUGGCUUUCUUGCCUUAGGCGCGGCUGGGGCAUCCUGUCCAAACAUCACAAACAAUAGGCGGCGCCCGCCUCUCGCUAAAGCUGGGAGGCCGUCACCUCACCGGUUCAUCAUCUGUUGCUGUGAGGAUCGCAUCUGCUAAACCUCUAGUGAAUUCCACGUCCCCAUUCCAUCGGUGUUGUCGUCCUGUCUUCUCUUCCCCACAUCUCUUUUCUUUUCUUAUAAACCCCUUCCAAACACCGUACUCUUUCUUGUAAUCUCCCUAUCUGUACCCUAUCUUCCAGCAUGACUUCUGAGCGUGAGAGCAAGACAUUCCUCGCCCGCCUCUGCGAGCAGGCUGAGCGCUACGAUGAGAUGGUCACGUAUAUGAAGGAAGUCGCCAACAUUGGAGGUGAACUUACCGUCGAUGAGCGUAACCUUCUGUCCGUCGCCUACAAGAACGUGGUCGGUACCCGCCGUGCUUCCUGGCGUAUCAUCUCCUCUAUCGAGCAAAAGGAGGAGUCCAAGGGUUCUGAGCAGCACGUUUCCAUCAUCCGUGAUUAUCGCCAGAAGAUUGAAACCGAACUGGAGAAGGUCUGCCAGGAUGUCCUCGACGUUCUGGACCAGUCCCUCAUUCCCAAGGCCGAGACCGGCGAGUCCAAGGUUUUCUACUACAAGAUGAAGGGCGACUACCACCGUUAUCUUGCUGAAUUUGCGUCUGGUAACAAGCGCAAGGUCGCUGCUACUGCGGCCCACGAGGCCUACAAGAACGCCACCGACGUUGCUCAGACUGACCUCACUCCCACUCACCCCAUCCGCUUGGGUCUUGCCUUGAACUUCUCCGUUUUCUACUACGAGAUUCUGAACUCGCCUGAUCGUGCCUGUCACCUUGCCAAGCAAGCUUUCGAUGAUGCCAUCGCCGAGCUCGACUCACUCUCGGAGGAAAGCUACCGCGACAGCACCCUCAUCAUGCAGCUGCUCCGUGAUAACCUUACUCUCUGGACCUCUUCUGAUGGUCAGGAACCUGAGGGUGCUGCUUCUAAGGAAGACAAACCUGAAGAGGAGUCCGCCCCCGCCCCCGCCCCCGUUCCUGAGGACAAGGGUGAGGAAUCCAAGCCUGCUGCCCCCGAGUCUUAAAGUGACAAGUUGGACGUUUUCUUUUGUAUCAAAAAACAGCGUUGUGCGCUCGGCGCCUAUUUGGAGAGCGGUUCGGAUUCUCCCUGGAAGUGUUUACGAUGGUCUGUCUUAGCUGCGUGACUGGUUUGGACCAGCACGUAUCUUCUACUUGUUCGGGAUCGUGUGGGUCGGCCGGCGGAGUUUGAUAUUUGGAGAGCGAAGAAAAGGGGCUGAGCGGAAUUUAUCUCUCUUUUACUUUUUCUAUUCCCACCCCAGAGCAAGAUACAAUGUGUUAUUCACCCUUUUUUUUUCUUUGCUUGCGUUCUCUUUCUAUUGUUUGCUCGUACAUCAUCCCAUAAGCCCCGCGAAUAUUUGAAAUCAAACUUAGUAGUUGUUCUAUUCGAAAGGCGUGACCGUCAACGCUUGGGAAGGAUGAACAGACCCCGUCUCUUCGCUUCAAAGGUACCCUUUUUUAGAAAUAACUUUCUUGUGGUUUUCGGACUAUCUCUUGCAUACAUUAAUUAACGUAUCCAAACCGUAUUUCAUGUUGCCUUCAUUUGUCUCCUAUAUAAGCAUCUCAAGCUGGGAAUAAUUUGCGCCUGAUAAAUUGCUUGUUGGAAG